CAUGUCCCUCUUUCUCCCUUCAUGCAUAACCUUUACUUAAAUUUUUAUUUAUUACCUUUUGCCGUUUUCAAAAGCGAAACCAUUUGACCGAAUUGCCCCAAAGGAAAAAAAUCACAUCGAAAUGAAAUCCAAUUACAAAUUCCAGCAAUUCCCCUCUGAAUUACUCCACAUAUUCUUGUAUAUAUUACACACCUCCUUGGUGGAGCAAUGCUUGUCACCUACUCUUACUUCCACACACUCUCUCUCUUUAGAAGCCUCUCCAACACACAAAGCUCUCACGAGCCUAGUUUAGAGAGAGAGAGAGAGAGAGAGAGAGAGAGAGAGAGAGAGAGUCAAUGGAGAAACACAAGUGUAAGCUUUGUUUCAAGAGCUUUGCUAAUGGCAGAGCUUUAGGCGGUCACAUGAGAUCUCACGUUAUGAAUCUCUACUCCCCACCCAAAUCAGACCACCACCACCACCACCACCAACAACCCAAUUUUGAUCAUCAAUUUGGGGCAGAGAACGAUUCAGCUCCAUCGCCAUCUUCGUCAUCCUCAUCUUCAGGAGAAGAAAACGAAGAGAGAGAGUUACUGUCCUACGGGUUGAGAGAGAAUCCAAAGAAGAGCGUUAAAUUGGCAAGCCCCGAAUUCUCAUUUGCUGGGUCUGUGGUUGUCAUUCAGGACAGAGAAAGCGAGACCGAGUCCUCGAAAAACCCGACCCGGAGACGGUCGAAGCGGAUUCGAAAACUGGGAAAUUCAGAUCACCACCACCACCACCACCACCACCUCUACCAAUGUCACGGCGGAAAACCCGGGAAAAAGCCCAAAUUGGGGAAAUCGAGUUCAUGGGCCGCCGAACAGGAGCCCAUGAGCUCGAUUUCCGACACCUCCCCUGAAGAGGACGUUGCUUAUUGUCUGAUGAUGCUGUCCAGAGACAACUGGAUGAGAGAGAAAAUCGAACGUGAAGGCGACGAGGAAGACGAAGAAGAAGACGAUGGUGAUGAUCAGAGCGAUACUUACGAGUUUUUCAAGCCCAUUAGUAGUAACAAAAAUCAAAGGGGUAAAGGGAAGUACAAAUGCGAGACUUGUUUCAAGGUGUUCAAAUCGUACCAAGCGCUUGGUGGGCACAGAGCGAGUCACAAGAAGGCCAAGGUAAAUAGUUCUCAUAAUUGCAGUUCGGCCCGUGAGGAAUCUGAAGUUGAGUUAAGAAAUGGGGGAAAUUGUGAGGAGAAAAUCCACGAGUGUCCUGUUUGUUUCAGAGUCUUCGCAUCUGGACAGGCUUUGGGUGGGCAUAAGAGAUCACAUGUUAUUGGGUCGCAAUCCACUACAGCAACAACAGCAGCAGCUUUAGCUAAAGCUAAAUCUCCGUUGAAGUUUGGUGAGAGCUUUAUAGAUCUUAAUCUUCCGGCUCCGAUUGACGACGACGACGAUGAUUGUGGUGACGAGGUUAGUCAAAUCGAGCUCUCGGCUGUUUCUGAUGCGGAAUUUGUCAAAACUAAUUAAAGUUUUGAGCAAGUAGAGUUUGAAGAAUCUGCAUGAAUGAAUUGAUUGAUUUGGGUCAAAUGGGUUUCAAUUUUUUAUGUUGGUAAUUCGGAUUCGUAAUCUUGACCGUCAUCGAUUCCGUUUUGAUUGUGGUUUUGUCGUUGUAACAGUUGAUUUAAGAGCAUCCAUUAAUUAAUGGAGGAACCAGAAGAGUUUUACUAUUUGAUUUCGUAAAUCUAAUCAAUGCAUAUAUCAAAGAAA